AUGAAGGUGCUAAACCUGGGUCCAGACCCCUCACUAGCAUAUCAUCCAGAGCUCCAGAGCAAAGAAGGAAAAGCAAAAUCUGACUUUAGGAACUAUGAGGGUGGAGAUCUUUUUGAACGUGUAUUCAACACAUAUAAACUGAUGCACAAACACCAGACUCUGGAUUUUGUCAAAAAGAAGCACAUGGCAUGGUCAGGCUGCACUCACUCUCGUAUGACCGUGAUGGAGACCAUCGAGUGUCUGGACCAGCUGGUCGACGAAUCAGACCCGGACGUCGACUUCCCGAACUCCUUCCACGCCUUCCAAACUGCUGAGGGCAUUCGCAGAGAACACCCUGAUAAGGACUGGUUCCAGUUGGUUGGUUUGAUCCAUGACAUUGGCAAAAUCAUGGCCCUUUGGGGUGAGCCACAGUGGGCAGUAGUCGGAGACACAUACCCCGUUGGCUGCCAGUUCCAAAACUCAAUUGUUUUCAGAGACUCUACAUUUGUGGACAAUCCAGAUGAGAAAAACACCACCCUGAACACAGAGUGUGGGAUCUAUGAACGCCAUUGUGGGUUAGACAAGGUUCUGAUGUCCUGGGGACAUGAUGAGUAUCUGUACCAAGUGAUGAAGUUUAACAAGUGUCCCAUCCCUGAAGAGGGUCUCUACAUGAUCCGCUUCCACUCCUUCUAUCCGUGGCAUACGCACGCAAACUACAUGCACCUGUGUAACGACAAAGAUCUCAACAUGCUGCCGUGGGUCAAAGAAUUCAACAAGUUUGAUUUAUACACCAAAAGCUGUGACCUGCCUGAUGUGGAGCAACUGAAGCCAUAUUAUCAGUCCCUCAUUGACAAAUACUGUCCAGGAGUACUGCAAUGGUGAACUCACACCAGCAUCUGAUCAGUUUUUCUGACUACCAGAAUGCAUCUGUGUGAUCAUAUGCACACAUGCACAAGAGUGCACGCACACACAGUAACUAAUGUUAAUUGGACUGCUUGCUCUGAAGG